GCACAUAAAACUUGUUUUCAUAUUUAUGAGCUCAGUAAGCAAGUUCAGUUUUUUUUUACUGAGAUACACUAUUGUUCCACUGCAGGAUGCAAGUUACCCUUCAGAACAACUCUUAAUUUCUGGAGAAAAGGUGAACAAUUACGUUCCUUGUAGAUGCCUCCCCCCUCCUCAUGAAACACAGGACCAGAUUUACUUUAUAAAACAGAUCGAAUCAUUGGGAAAUGCUUGUGGAACUAUUGCUCUACUCCAUGCUGUUGGAAAUGCAUCUUCCAAAGUCAAUUUAGUGGAGAAUUCAUGCUUGGACUUGUUCUUCAAAUCAACUGCUACCAUGGAUGACCCUCAUGAGCGUGCUGUGUGUCUGGAGAAGGAUGAUACAAUGGCAAGGGCUCAUUUACUUGCUGCCAAUGAUGGUGCCACUGAGGUACUGGUUUAUUUGCAUAUGUGAACUGGAAAUCAAUCUGGAAAACAUCAAAGAAUAAUAACUGUCGAACGUAAGGCUAUGCACUAAAUACAGUUCAUGAUGUUCCACUAUAUUUUUCUUUAGUUAGCAUAGUUUCAAGGUCUGAGCUGAACUGUGCUGUGCUGUGUGCAUUGACAACAAAGUAAAAUC